UAGGAGGUCGGCGGAGAAGGACGGACGGAGCCGCCGCCGCUCCCGCCGCCGCCUCAGCCUCCUCGCCUUCCUCCUGCCCCUGCCUCAGGAAGAUGCCGCGCUCCGGGCCGCUCCCCGCCGCCUUCUCGCUGCUGCUGGCGACGGCCGCGCUGCUGCCGGGACCCGCCGCGGCGCAGAACGAGCCGCGGAUCAACGCCAGCGAGGACGUGGUGCUGCACGUGGCUGGCGUGGCCGUCACGCUGCAGUGCAACCUGACCAGCAGCCCCAGCCCCCUGGCCGCCAGCUACUGGGUGAAGAACGGCGAGGAGAUCCCGGGCACCAGGAAAGCCUCCAACACCACCGAGUACAGGAUCCUGAAGGCCCGAGCAGAGGAGUCGGGGGAGUACCUGUGCGUGUUCGUGUUCUCCGGCUCUCCCGUGGCCAACGCCACCAUCGAAGUCAGAGCCACUCCUGACAUCACUGGGCACAAGAGGAGUGAGAACAAAAACGAGGGCCAGGAGGCCCUGAUGUACUGCAAGUCCGUGGGCUUCCCCCACCCCGAGUGGGUCUGGCGCAAGAAGGUCAAUGGGGUGUUUGAGGACAUCAACAACUCCUCGGGCAGGUUCUUCAUUUCCAACAAAGAGAACUACACUGAGCUGAGCAUCACAAACCUGCAGAUCAACGAGGACCCCGGCGAGUACCAGUGCAACGCCACCAACCAGGUGGGCUCCGUGUCGGUCACCACCAUCCUGCGCGUGCGCAGCCACCUGGCCCCGCUGUGGCCCUUCCUGGGCAUCCUGGCAGAGAUCGUCAUCCUGGUGGUCAUCAUCGUCAUCUACGAGAAGCGGAAGCGGCCGGACGAAGUUCCCGACGAUGAUGAACCAGCUGGGCCAAUGAAAACCAAUUCUACAAACAAUCACAAAGACAAAAACUUACGUCAGAGAAACACAAAUUAAAAAUGCUUAUCAUAGCUUUAAGUUUCUGAGAGACUGAUGGCAAUAUGACCUGCUAAAUUUAAGGGUUGGAACUCUUGGUUCUAGAACUCCAGUUCUGUCUGAUUUCUUAUUUUUUCUUUCCUUUCCAAGUGAGCAACAAUAUGACUGUCUAACGCAUGCCUUAUUUAGCCUCUCCUGCAAGGAUGACCUAGCCAGAUGAAUUUUAAUAAUGCUUCCGUGUAGAAGGUGUAAACUCUUUUGGGCUUGAUGUGCUGUGAAUGUUGCUUUUUUUUUUUCCUCCUUUCCUCUCUUUACACGAGCAGUAGCCAGGCGGGUUCACGCAUGCGCUGUUUUUUACUUCCUGUAGCUGUUAAAAUUCGGCACCGCUCAAACCGCACCGCUGCCAUCUAGUGAGACUUCUUUUGUAAAGUACAGCAAAACUUAAAGAUAUAUACAGUAUAUAUUUAUAUUUGGGGGAGGGGAAACCAGAAGUCGUUGUGGUUCAUUUUGAAGCUGCUGAUACUCAUUCCUUACUGUAUGGCUGGAAGGAGGAGGGAGUGAUGCCGGGCUGGUGCUCGCAGCAGGGACAUUGGAAUUUCCUUAAGGGCUUUAACCAUGGAGCAUGGGGUGUCCUGUUGGGCGUCGGGGCUGGGUGGUGCCAGGGGCUGCUGGUGGUGGUGGGAUGCAGUUGGAAACAAAAACAAACCUUCAGUUUAUAAAUAUAUAUAUAUGAUUGCUUUUUAAGUGAUUUUUUUUUUUUUGUUAACUCAUGUAAAUUCUCAAAUCCUUUUGCACUGAUGUGUUCGACAUAUUCUUGUACAUUCAAUUCAGGCAAACUUUUAUAAUUUUCUUUUUUUUUUGUUUUGUUUUGUUUUGUUUAAAUGAUGAAAUGUUACAGCAUGGUGAUAUUCUAUGCAACUAGUUAUUCCUCUUUAGUUUGACACUGUAAUUUCUCAUGAUUUAAAGAUUGUAGAAAUAGAUCUACCAGGGUUCUCAUGAUGUGCGUAACUGUAGCUGCAUGAACUUGUGUUCUGUGUAUUUGUUGAAGUGCAAUGAUGUAUAAAAAGUGGAUUCACCUGUUUUUAAAAAUAAAACACCGACAAAAACC